UAAGCGUGCUAUAGGCCUACGUAUCGGAUUACUUGUACUGAUAUAAUUGAAAGAUGGUGGUUUGUAGGAGUAAAAGAAUUGGAGUUAUUCUUAUUUUAAUUCCGUCUUUGAUAUUUGCUGAAGCACAGAAUUGGACAAAUAACUUUGAGAUUUCUGAGAGAUGGGAGACUACAGGGAAUAGUAGAUGCUGGAAACAUUCGAAAUGCUACAGCGCACACACACCCAGUUUUAUAACGGCCACAUCAUCCUCGUCGUAUAUGCAAGUCGCAGCGUUUGAUUUCGGAACAACAUACAGCGGUUAUGCAUUCACUUUCCGCCAUGAUUCACAGAAAGCUCAAACUUACCAUGGCUGGAACGCUGGAUCAGAGAAACUUAUAUCAAUGAAGACACCUACCUGCAUUCUGUUGAGUCCAGACCGGAAAUUCCAUUCAUUUGGAUCUAAGGCUGAGAACAAGUACUCUAGUCUUGCAGAAGAUGAUCAGCACAAAGGCUGGCUUUUAUUCCGGCAUUUUAAGGAGAUUCUUGAUAACAACGAGAAUUUAUCUCGGGAAACAAUUAUUGAGGAUAUCAGCGGCGUAACACUGCAAGCCAUGACUAUUUUCACAAUGUUCAUCCGUUAUUUGAGGGAACAUUUGAUAGAAGCAGUAACAAACCAAACAAGUGCUAUAGAAGUAACAGAUUUACAGUAUGUCUUCACUGUGCCUGCCAUAUGGAACGACAAUGCAAAGCAGUUCAUGAGAGAGGCAGCUCAAGAGGCUGGCAUAGAUGAAUCACGUCUGAAACUCUGUCUUGUCCCGGCAUCAGCUUCUGUUUUGUGUCAGAUUGUGUCAACUGAUGAAAAGACGAACUUGUCCAAAUCUGGAACACAGUAUAUGGUUGUGGAUUUAGGGGGAGGAACAGCUAACAUUUCUGUCCACGAAAAAUUAAUUGACGGCUCUUUGAAAGAGAUACACAAAGCAAGUGGGGGACCGUGGGGAGGAAAUACCGCCGACAACAACUACUUGGAGUGGCUUAUUAAGAUAUUUGGUAAAGAGACAAUGCAUCGAUUUAAAAAUGAGCAGAUGACUGAUUAUUCUGAUUUAUUUAGAGAAUUCGAAAUAAAGACAAGAAAUAUUACGCUGGCAUCAAAAGGUAAAAUUAUUUUUAGAGUGCCGGUAUCACUGACAGAUAUGUAUCAAACUGUAGUUGGAAUACCACUUAGGGAUAUUUUUUCCAAGUUAGGGCUGAAUGACAGGGUCACAUUAAUUGGAGACAAACUGGCAAUUGAUGCAUCAAUAGUUAUCAACUUUUCUGAAAUUCUCAUGAACAACAUAAUUGCACACGUGAAAGAAAUUUUAUCACAGAAAAAAAUGAAACAAGUAGACCCCAUUGUAUUAGUUGGUGGGUUUGCUGAAAAUGAAUUUGUACUGGAAAAAAUGAGAAAGAAAAUUAAAAAUAAGCGAAUCAUACUUGCAGACGAAUCCGGACUGGUUGUCUUAAAAGGGGCUGUUCGUUUUGGUCAUUUCCCAGAUGUCAUCACGACAAAUAUUCUGUCAUUCAUGUAUGGCAUAGAUACCACAAGAGCGUUUAGCGUAGAAAAACAUGUACAAUCCAAGAUACUUAAUGUGUUUGGCAAGAACUUUGCAAAGGACUUAUUUGAAGUAAAGAUAAGAGCAAAGAAGGAGAUAAAAUCUGCUCAAAAAUAUAGCUUAAGUCUAAAACGCUUACAACAUAUUUCUGUAGCCACAUCAGACAGAGCAAAUGGAUUCACAAACGAGAGAAGAGUAUAUGGAUCCAAAAACGAAAGGCAAAAGUAUGUGACAGGAGAUGUCUGCAAAGUCCUAGGGAAAAUCAAAGUGAAUACCCCCGAAAGCAAACGUUUGAAAGAUAGACACAUCACGGCCACACUUGUAUUUGAAAAUACUAAGCUGCUUGUAAAGGUCAAGAUCUUGGAAACUGACAAGGAAUUCACAAAGCAUAUUGACUGUCUUUAACGU